ACUUCAUUAAAGUCAAAGUGACAUGACAGUAUCAGUAAUCUAACCUGAAAUAUUUUGUUUGUGAAAUAUUAAAAAACAAAGUAUUUAAAAAAAAAUAUGAAACUAUACAAACACUAACAAAGUGUAUAGAAAUUAAAAUGGCAAAAUUAUCAAAUCCUAAUGCCGCUAGACUUAACCCAUGUUUGAAGGAACAAGAACAGUCUUAUGAGUGUUUGAAUAAAAACGGCUUCGAUCAUGAAAAAUGUGAAAAGUAUUUCGAUAAUUAUAAUACUUGUAAAAAGUUCUGGGGUCAAGUCUCUAGAAAUAGGAGGUCAAAGGGAAUUCAGCCGUACUUACCCGAUGUUGAAGAAAGGGAAAAAAUAAAGGCAGAAUAUUUUAAGAAUGUUAUGGACAACUGACAUAUUUUAUUAUUGUAUAAAGAAUAGGAUAAUAUAAAAAUAUAGAGAAAUAUAAUUUAUUUUCUGAGUAUA